UUCAUAAAUAAUUCUUCAGUGCUUUGAUGUGUAAUCUGGCAGAGAGCCCCAGGCUCAUCUUGCUGUGCAGACACAGCAUUGGUUGUGUGAAAGACACUGGAAUCAGUGUACGGAAUUCCAUUGAAAAGAAAAGCUCUCACCAUUUAUUCGAGAGCUGAAGAUGAUGGCUGCAGGAAACUAUGCCAGCUUACCUCGUAAGAUCCAAGCCAGUCGUAAGGGCUUGCUCCAAUCUUCGAUGGACGUGCUCAAUAUCAGAGACACUCUCACCAGUCAGCUUUCCAGCUCAAUCCAGAGUAUUUCCAUUCAUGGCACACUGCCAAGAAAGAAAAACAGGAAGGUGUCUAUGAUACCUGGUGGCACAUACAGUCCCAUAGGAAACCAUCCACAAUCUUUACCAACCCAGUUACACAAAAUGUCAUUGUCUAAUGACAUAAUUGAGGAGCAGCCAUUACAAGAGGUCCCAGAAUUCCAUUCCAGGGACGUGGAUAUAAUGGACUUAUCCCUUGAAUAUGUUAAGUUCUCCAAGGAAAGGUACAUAAUGGACUCAACACCUGAGAAACUGAAAAAGGAGCUGGAGGAAGAACUGAAGUUAAACAGUGAAGACUUACGAAGUCAUGCCUGGUACCAUGGGCAAAUUCCCAGGAAGGUUGCAGAGUCCCUAAUUCAGAGAGAUGGAGACUUCCUCAUCCGUGAAUCCCUCUCCAGCCCAGGCAACCAGGUGUUGACCUGUCAGUGGAAGAACACACCUCACCAUUUCAAAAUCAACAGAGUGGUUGUCAGGUUACAUGAAGGCUACAGUCGUCUGCAGUACCAGUUUGAGCGGGACAGCUUUGACAGCAUCCCCGCGCUGGUCAGGUGCUACGUGGGGAACCGCAAACCGAUCUUCGAACAGGUUGGAGCGAUCAUUUUCCAACCCAUAAAUCGGACUUUGCCGUUGAGGUGCGUGGAGGAGAAAUACGGGCCAGCUGCUCCCGUAAGGCAACAGGUCUGCAGCGCGCCAGAUGGAAAACUGGAUACAGAAAAGCAUCUGAGCUUGAACGUGUCAAACAGGCCCAGUCAAGAGCGGAUUCUGUCAGCUGGAAACCUUUUGAGGAAUAAAGACAAGAGUGGGAGCCAGCCGGCAAGUCUUGACUAUGUGCAGGAUAGACGCCAACCCUUGAAAUCCCAUCAGUCGGAAAGUUACCUUCCUUUGGGAAUGAAACCUCCGCUCCAACAACAGCAACAACAGCAACCACUACAGCUAUCACACCAGCCUCCGCAACAGCAGCAUAAAGGAAUGGAAGGAACUGCAUGCAUCAAGCCCCAAGUGUUUCGAACAGGCAGUGAGCCUGCUCUCAGCCCAACAUUUGCCCGAAGCCCCACUUUGGAAUUUCAAGCAGGGGAAGCACUGAGAGGGUCUGAUAGUCAACUCUACCCCAAACCACCUCCAAAGCCCAGCAAGGUGCCCUCACUAAGGAUGCCGCGUGCCCCUUCACUAAUGAACAAUUCUGACAGAGGCAAGUACGGUGAGAUGAGUGCUGGCAGCCCAGAAAGGGGCAGUCAUUACACUGACCUGAAACAUGAUGCCUCUGUGGAGCAGGCAGGGACAGACCAGUACUUCUUCCAGCCUGACAGCUUUGUAGAAAGACUAAAAACUGAGGAAGCGCCAAAGAUCUCCUUCCAAAGAGCCAACUCUGUCCUCAGCAUUUCAGAGCAGAGCCCAUUUCAGUUCAUAGUCUCUUCUGUUGGAGAUGAGGAAAAGACCAGUGACCCAGUCUUCAUUGCACCCUCCUUUGAGAACAUUUCCUGCUUUAAACCGAAUGACUUCAAAUCUAAAAUGCUUCACCCUGACAACAAGCCCCUGGAAACAUGGGUGAUCAGACAUGUUAAAGAACUGUUUGCCAAUAAUGACCCUUCAACUAUUGCCAAGCACAUCCUGAAAGUGGAUUGCCAGGUUGCUAGGAUACUUAACAUUUCUGAAGAAGUGAAGCAGCAGAUGGGAGUGAGCUCAGGUCUGGAGCUUAUUACCUUGCCUCAUGGGCACCAACUGCGUCUAGAUCUAACAGAAAGAAUCUACGGCAAACCAACCAACUUCAACUCAGCAAAUGUGGAGCCCAUCGUUUAGCUUUUGGGAUUUACAUUCACAAAAUAAUAAGUUAAGUACCAGAAUGACUUCAGAACAAGUCGCACAAAUAUUGUUGUAUUUAGGAGUGAUCUAAACAAGACCUUCAAAAUGAUGGUGGGAUUUGAAGGAUAGGAAAAAGACUGUUUGCUCUGGUGGGAGAUUUCACCCUGUGCCUUUACCAACAAUCAAUAUACACACAGAGUAACAUAAUUGUAAUUUCAAGUAACAUUCUGAUCUCCUGCACAGUUCCUGCUGUUUCUGUUUGUAUAUAAUUAUUGACUUAAUCAAGUUACUCUGGCCUCAGUGAUGGGAUCAAAUCAAGGACGAGUUAGGAUGUUGCAUUUAGCUUUAGGUCGGGCAGGAGAGUGUUAGAUAACGUGCACAUUUUUUAGCAACCUGUUCUUGAUGCACAAGGACAGAAAUAGCUGUGGGUGUGAUGCCUCUUGUUGUCAAAUAGCUACUCCCGAUAGUGGAUCAAUGGAAAGAUGACCAGGUGGAGAA